UGUGUGGUAGACCUACACUCAAUGAAAGGAUAGUCGGUGGAGAAGACAGUACAGCAGGAAGUUGGCCCUGGCAAGUUAGUUUACAACGGGACCUUGAACAUUACUGUGGAGGUUCCCUCAUCAACAACCAAUGGAUUCUGACCGCAGCACACUGCACCGACGGGAUUUCAAGUGCUGAUAUGGCCAGGUGGACUGUUCGUCUUGGCGUGAAGGACCUGGAUAUCCCCUCAGCCAACGAGUUGACAAACACAUUGACUGAGGUCAUUGUGCAUCCAGAGUAUGAUGAUUGGACAUUGGACAAUGACAUUGCAUUACUUCAGAUGAGCACGCCUGUGACCUUUAAUGACUACAUCAGCCCUGUUUGCCUAGCAGACAGCAACAGUGUGUUUCACAAUGGCACGGCCAGUUGGGCGACUGGCUGGGGAGACAUUAACGAAGGAGAGUCCCUUCCACAUCCUGGGACAUUACAGGAGGUUGAGGUGCCAGUGAUAGGGAAUAGACAAUGUGACUGCUUCUACCAACCCCUAGAUUGGCCAAUAACCCAAAACAUGAUCUGUUCUGGUCUGCUGGAUGGGGGCAAGGACGCCUGUCAGGGAGACUCAGGUGGUCCAAUGGUAAACCAACAGAACUCAGUGUGGAUCCAGUCUGGACUAGUCAGUUUUGGAUACGGAUGUGCUCGAGAAGGUUUCCCCGGGGUCUACACCAGAGUGUCAAGUUACCGGUCCUGGAUCGAAUCGCAUAUCACCAGUGAUCCUCCAGGCUUUGUCCAGUUCUCCUCUAUUGGGGAGGAUGAAGACAGCAGCUUCACCUGUUCCGUCACUAGAGAAGUGUGUGGUAGACCUACACUCAAUGAAAGGAUAGUCGGUGGAGAAGACAGUACAGCAGGAAGUUGGCCCUGGCAAGUUAGUUUACAACGGGACCUUGAACAUUACUGUGGAGGUUCCCUCAUCAACAACCAAUGGAUUCUGACCGCAGCACACUGCACCGACGG